AAACAUGACGGUGUUUGUUACAAGAUGAGUAUGUCUCCUAUUCAUUAGACGAGCGUUUUAGUAACCGAAUUCAAUCUGGAAGUCACAAGUCGUACAUUUCAUGCAUUUUCUCAAGAUUAUUCAUCCCUGAAUUGUAAUACCGAAUAAAUACAUCUACUGUCUAUUUUACAAAGGCUUGUCAACGAAUUGACUAUGGAUUGUUUUAAUCACAAGAGAGUCGAUUGGAUGUUUUUCUUAUUUACAAUAAUGAUUCCACGUGAAGGCCAGGCGUGUAGUACAACAACCGGAAUAACAUCGCCAUGGGAAUGUGGUACAAAACCAACUCACAUCUGCCAGGCCAGCACCCAUUACGAAGAUCUCAUACUAUCUAACCAUACCUUGUGGGCUUGCCUAAAUAAUGGGGUUACUUCUAUUCGCUGCACCCCUAAUUGCUGUGCCAACGAUAACAUCAUCGAAGGAGGGAUUGUUCUGAUGCCAGGAAUCAGAACGGAAGUUGCCUGCUCCAUGUCGACACCUAACCCAACAUCACCGUACAAACACACCUUGGGCAUCCUUGGCCCUCCCGGUUCAAGAGUUCUUGUAUCGAUACGUGGAGGUGACCCUUACAACGUCAUCAGAGCAACCGAUGGGCAGAACAUUGACCAUGCUUAUUUCUUCAACACUGACGGUUUCGUCGCAGAGGGAGAUUAUUUCUUGUCCGAAUCAAAUGAAGUAAAUCUUCAAGCUAUUCUCACCAAUUCUGCUCAGGCUCCAGAUGUUGUCGUCAUAUCUCAGUCUUUCGAUAUCAUCGAUACCAUUACGGCGCCCCCUACGUCCCUGCUAUGUGUGGUUUCUCCUCCUGUUACUGGUCUAAAUCAAUGGCAUACUGCAUGUGAAGAUGGCUCGCAUAGUUCCGACGACUCAUGCUACAAAUUCAGCAGUGAUAAUAUGGAUUUCCAACGUGCUAGGGAGAACUGCGAAGCAAUGGGAUACCAUCUCGUCUACAUCACCACCAGCGAGGAACAGGAUUUCUUGGUUUCCUUUCUGGUAACUCGUUCACCACGCGAGCACUGGAUCGGUAUCGAGAGGGAUUCCAAUGGCGAUCCGGUCUGGAUGGAUGGAUCACCCAUCACAUAUUCUUGUUUUGGAGCCAACGAUGGGGGUCGAGAUUGUUUCCAAAUUCGCCAGCAGGAAAACUACGCUUGGGAAGAUCAUCAGUGUGAUCACAGACAUGCUUUUAUCUGCGAAAGAGAGUUAGGUUAUCAUGGUUAUAGUGCGAGCGAUGGAGGCUGUGUUUCAUAUGGAGGUACUCUGCCAGCGACCAUUGGUGCUGAGGGCGCUAUCCUACUCAAAUUCAGCUACACAAUCAAGACCAACCAGGUUCUGCCGUCAAUAUCAGGACUGCAGAGAACUACGUCAGUAUCGUCCGGAAACUGUGUCACUACCUGCCAAGCAACAAACGAGCCAUUUGUGUCCCAAAAUGGUCUUCAACUUAAAAUAUCUUGCAGUUCAAGUUUUGCUUCAUCAAGGUCCUGGACGGUAACAUUCCAAGCAAGAGGAGCAGGAAUGGUCCAGAUUAGUGACUUUCAGCUUCUAAUCUACAACGAAACAGAAUCUCCUCCUUCUUCAACGCCUUCAACAAGGUUGUAUACUACAAGGACAAGACGGAUUUAUACCGGUCGCGAUGUACCUGAUGGAAAUAUGCCUACUACAUCAACUACAAAAACCAACAGUACCAGUCCUAUGCCUUCCAAUUUGUCUACUCCCGAACAUACUACGGCAAGUCCAGUUGAUGUAUCACCAAAAGGUUCAAGCAGUAUAUUAUACAUCGCAGUACCUCUUCUUUUAGCGUUCAUCCUCAUAUUUAUGAUAAUAGGAGCCGUGUGGUUCGUGAAGAAAAGACGGUCAUCAUCAGCUGACCAUAAGUCAUCAUCAGCUCACCAAUCCGUGGAAGUCCGUGAAAUUCAUACUUAUAGCAAUGACGAGCACGAAUAUACCACAAGCAUGGAUUCCGUAAAGAGAUCAUCAAAUCAAGCCAACUAUUCAGAGGUUCUCGACGAUGUUAACCAGCACGAAUACACCGAGAUGCCUUCCGGUGGGUCCUCCAAGCCUGGAAACCGGGCGAUUUACAACGAGGUCGGGGAUGAAGAAUAUAACGUCCUGUUCGGUGGCAAGGAGACGAAGGACUACCAUGUGUACAACAUGCCAGGCUCUGUAAAAAGGGAUUCAGGGGAUACGAACCCAGGCAGGAUGGACAAGAAAGGUGGUGGUCGAGAGAAUAGAAAGCAAUCUCAGGAGCUUGUAGAUGACAAAGGUAAUAAUACAAGGAUAUGUGAUAAUACCUACCAAGAUUUGGAUAACACUAACGAUGGACCCUAUCCUAUGUCUUUAAAAUUAUCUGCCGAUUCUGCUACCGAGUCAACCAAAGUCCCCUCACUCGGAUUACAAAGCACAACCAUAACUGAUCACACUUACCAAGAUUUACAUGAGACCGACGGAGAAGGUUAUACCCCCUUGAAUUUAACCAUCAAAUCUGGCUCUCAAUUGACCAAAACAACCAAGAGCGCACCUUUGAGAGGCUCAAACGCAACUGAACAAUCACCGCUUUCCGUUAACUGUCCUGUGAUUGAGACAGCGAAAAGAGAUGGAGACGGUCAGUCAUUUUUAUAUACCGACCCAUCGGAGUAUGAUGAUCCAAUAUUCAAACCUGAUGAUGAAUCAUACGACAAUCUCCAACACACACCGUUGACAGGGAUUUCAAAUAGCCAAUCAACAGCCAAAGAUUCAAUAGUUAUUGGGGAUGACGAAUAUUUAACACCCAAUGCCGGACAUACUUAUCAGACCUUAGGAGACUCUGUAACGACGGAACCAGACGGUGAGGGCGUCACCUACUCACACUUACAAAGGGGUGCACACAAGGACCCCUUGCCAGAUGAACGUUACGGAAAGCUUCACGAUAAGCAACGUAAAUCGCGCUAAUGAUAUAAAAUACUUUUGUAUCAUCACUCACUGGUCUGACUAGCUUCCUAUGGGGGCUGGAGCCCUUAUUUGCUAGAAUUCCUCUGAGUACUUAGCUGACCGGGCUCGCCCCUCAAAUCAUGAAAAUUGUAUGUGAAUGGAGCAGCAAGCUGGAGGGCACCAGGCCCCACCAUGAUGCAGCCAGUGGGUGGUGCAAAACUGUACUUAAGUAUAAACUUAAGAUCACUUUUUUUUACUCCAUUUACAUUUAUAUUUGUAGUUAUAUGUAUUUAUAUAAGGAACUGCUGCUGUCCCAGCGCCAUGAGCGUCUCUGGACGGACAUCACUAUUAUUAUCAUCAUCACUAUUAUAAAACUACAAAAAAGUGUUCGAGAUAUAAUCGAAAAGGGGACAGCAAAAGCUUUCGAACAUAAGUGAACAUCUUGCAUUGUAAACUUCAUUAUCGAGAAGCAAUUUAGACUUUUGUCGAAGCUCAAAGUCAGGGGUUUGUCAUUCUUAUACAUGUAUAAGCUUCAACCAUUUAAACGACUGUUCCAAUAAAUUGUUUGUACGCAAAAUCUUGCAAGAGUUUCAAAACAUUUAUUUACGGACACAUUCUUUCUGUAUUAAAAACAUAUGUCGGUGAUACAAGUUCUGAAUCAAUCAAAGUUGACGAAAUUUGUAUAUACAUUUUUAUCCGCCGAGAAAAAAGAACAUUUUGUUAUGAAUUGGUGCAUGGGUUUCACGGACGAGAGGGAUAUCUUUCCAUUAUCAUUUUUCUUUAAAUCUAAUAUAAUAUGGCAUCCCAGCUCAUCAGGGACAUCUGGGGCCCGUUGCAGAAAGAGUUGCAAUCAAUCGCAACUCAAAAAAUCAUGCGCAAGUUC